AGCUCAGUCUACAAGCAGCAGUCAAAGCGGAUCGUUCAGACAGACACAGAGCUGCAGUACGCUCAGUAAUUAAAAGCUAGUCACAGUUGUUGUUGUUAUUAUCAUUGGAUGUUGUUGUGAUUUUCUUUGAUGGCGAUUUGAAAUACAUUUGAGUUUUUAACUUUUGUGAAUGUUUUGAAAUUUUGCGUUUUUCGUCUGCAAAUCAACGAAUCUCAAAUUCAAUCAAUUUCAAAUCACGAAUUAAAUAGAAAGACAACAACAAAAUGACGCAACCCUUGAAGUUCUAUUUUGAUUUUCUAAAUCAGUCGAGUCGCGCGCUCUACAUAUUCCUAGAGGCAUCCAAAAUACCAUUCGAAGCGAUACCCAUAUCCAUGCUCAAAGGCGAGCACUUGACUGGCGAGUUUCGGGAUAAUGUGAAUCGCUUUCGCAAGCUGCCGGCGAUCACCGAUCAUGGCUAUCAGCUGGCCGAGAAUGUGGCCAUCUUUCGGCAUCUGGCACGCGAGAAACUGGUACCGGAGCAUUGGUAUCCACGUCGCCACUUGGGACGCAGUCGCAUCGACGAGUAUCUCGCCUGGCAGCAGUCCAACAUGGGUGUGGCCUGCACCGAUUAUUUCCAGCAGAAGUGGCUAGUGCCGUAUCUACAAAAGACGCGGCCAUCCGAUAAUGCGGUAAACGUGGCUAGCAAACAAUUGGAGCAUACACUGAACGACUUUGAGCAGCUGUUCCUCAAUUCGCGCAAGUUCAUGAUGGGCGAUAAUAUAUCCUUUGCCGAUCUGAGUGCCAUCUGUGAGAUUGAUCAGCCCAAGUCCAUUGGCUUUACGGCAUUCAAGAAUCGCAAUAAGCUGGCCCGUUGGUAUGACUCGGUGCGUGAGGAACUGGGUCCCUACUACAAGAGCGUGCAGGAGGAGUUCGAGACGAAACUGAAGCUGGCCAAUGGGCAGCAGGGCGAGGCACAGGCGCACGCCUUGAAGCAAUAGUCCGUACUCCCUUCCAGGCUGUUUGUUGUAUUUAUAUAAAUAUUUGUAUAUUAUGUGAAGCGAACAGAUUUAAUUGUAAAAUUCUUCUUUUUUUUUUUUUGUUAAUAUGUAUAUGUACUUAUGUAUAGCUUAGCUUUUAGUUACUAAACGAUUAUUAUAUACUCACCAUAAAAGACAGAAAUAUACGAAAAACAAAACAUA